GUGCCGGACACUUGAUAAUUCCAACUGUUAAGUGGGUGUUUUUUUCUUUUACUAAGUUUGAUAAAAAAUAAUGCAACGUAUGUAAAUGUAAUUACGAAGAUAAAUAACAGUCUGUUAUAGUAAAUUGGGCUAGGUGGUAUGGACAUAUCAAAUGGGAUGGAUAAGUCAUGGGAUCAUCCAUGGACUACAGAUGAAAUGCGAAAAAAGAGAAGGGAAUGGAGUUUAGCAGGUGAUGCAGGACUCCUUAAACAUCUGCAGCAAUUUUCUAAUAAUGUGGUAUCAAGGGCAAAUAAAACUCAAGAAGCCUUAGAUUCACUGACAACACAACUAAAUGAAACAGCAAUAUUUAUAGAUAAUGUUACCAAUACAUCUUUGGCUUUAGCCAAUACUCAAUUUAUUGAAAGCCGUGUACAGGAGGAUAAUAUAGAGAUUGGACAACAAGCAGAAACAUCAGUGGAGCAAGGUAAGGAUGAAGAUUCUGCAACUGCAGAUUUCAUAGCUAGUGUGAGUGAAAGUGUCAAGCAAGGCCUAAAUAUAAUGUAUGAAAAAUACAAGGAAAUGGAGUUUGUUGAUAGUGAUAGUGAAGAAGAGGACAAUAAAGUAGUACUAAGUGUUGUAUUGGGACCAAAUAAUCCAUACCAAGAUCGACCUUUGCCUUAUGUCAUUGGCUCAGAAAAAUGGAAAAAUUCAAAUAAAAUUGGUCUAGAAAGCAGUAGCAGCAGUGAAUCUGAACAAGUAGACGAAGAAGAAGAAGAAUCAGAAAGCGAAGAUGAUACCACAGCAGCAUUUAAAGAUUACAGUAUGAAUGCUGCACCAAAAACAAACAUUGUUGGAUUAUUACCUUCUUUGAAUGAAUCGGAUUACAGUAAAAGAAAUGAUAUGACAUAUAUUAUAGGAAAUGACAAAAUGGAUGCACUUAGUCAAAAUGAAAUAGAUUCAGUACCUGAUUCAGUUACUCCUACUGAUAAUGCAUCAAAGAUACCAUUGCCGAACAAUAUAACACCAAAUUUUGCAGAAGAAUUAGCCAAGCGAUUAGGUACAGUUCGACAGACUGAAAAACCUGUUGUAGAUGAAAAAAAUGAGGCAUCGAUAAAUCGAUUUAAAGAUGAUUUAUUUACACCAGAGGAAGAUGAAAACAUCUUAAAUGAUAAAUCUAAAACUAUAAUCAGUAGAAGUAAAGGAUUUUUAAAUGAUCAAUUUGUAGAAAAUGCAUCCAAGGAAAGACAAAUCAAAUCGUAUAAGAAUAAUAUUAUACCUGCUAGCAUUGAUGUGCCACCUCCAAUUAGUGCUGUUUCGACGAAACCAAAAUCUGCAAUCGAUGAUCUUUUCGGCGAUGCUGAUUCUGACAUUUUUUCCCCGAAAAAUACAAUCACGAAAAAUAAAUAUUCUAGCAAUAAUAAUCAGUCAGAAAAGACAGAAGGAACGCGAAGGAAUCAUUUAGAGAUAGCAUCAUCAGUAACUAGUAAUAUGACUACGAGUACCCCAGAAACUAACGUAAAUACUAAUUUAUUUAGCGAUGAUGAAGAUGUUGGUGACCUCUUCGGAUCGUCUAAACAUCAACAACUAAAUAAAAAGAAACCAGGGGGAGAAGUAUCGAUAUUUGGAAAUAUCUUAACUUCAGAGAAUGAAAAUAAGCUAUCUCGUAGGAUAUCGCGAACUCAAUCAUCUGGAUCUUCCGGAAGUAAUACACCAGCAAAUUAUGAAAUUAGUGGUAGCAAUGAAUCGGUACUUGAUCGUUCGCGAAAUGUUAUUCUGAACAAUAAUAUUAACGAACAAGACUCUAUUGUGACAGCAAGGAAUAACGCAGAAAAUUCAAACAUUGUUAAUGAAAGUAGUUACAGCAGUGGAAUAUCAAUUCAUCCACCAAGUAUUAAUAAUACAGGUGGUUCAAGCAUAGGCGUUGACUUCCAGCCACAAAUGACAUCAACGCGUUUAAAAUCGGAAGAGAUCUAUCGGGAACAAAUCACCAGUGACAGUCUGUUCACUGCACGUACACAGAAUCCAGCGAAUGCUACUUCAAUUUUAAAUUCAACAAAUAAUCAACCGCAGGAAGAAUCGAUAGAAGAUGUACUGUCUAUAGCGCAAGACGAUGUAUUCGAGAACGAAGAUCUGUUUGGCCCACCCCCGUUACCAAAAGCGGAUUCAAAACCGGCAAAAUCGAAGAUGCCUUCGUUAUUUGACGAUUCCGACUCUGGUGACGAGUUGUUUUCAACGACCAGUUCAGGUUCUAGAUCGCAAAGGAGUAGCGAUUUAUUAACUUCUCAGUAUUCUGAUAAAAUAAAAUCCACGCAACGCAGAGGUCUCUUUGACGAAGAAAUCGAUAUAUUCGAUAAUAAGGAUUCGCUAGACGUUGAUAUCUUUGGCAUAAUACCGAAACCGGUUGCGAAACAGGAAAGCAGUACCUCUAGUAGAAAAUUUUUGGACAUACCUGAUGAUGAUCUGUUUGCAAGCAAUAUUCGAGACACGAUACCAAAAAAUAAUGGCUUGGAGAAAAGCAAAAAUGUUGCCACAUCGAAGGAAAUUAGGUUGUUUGACGACGACGAUAUCGAAGAUGGCGAUUUAUUCGCUACGAAACCUGUCAAAAGCGAAGCUAAAAAUGAGCCUGAUAUUUUCAACGACGACGACGAGAAUGAUUUGUUUUCCGUCCAGAAACCAAUUGAUAAAAAGCAGAAAGAUAACAAACAGCCAUCAGAAACGGCUACAUUCGGAAUAGAUAUCACGGAUCAGAAAGUAUCCACUGAGAAGAACAAAAGUAAGAGUAGCGAUAUUCUUUCGGGCAACGGAUUGUUUUCUACUGCCAUUGGAUCGCAUGGAUUAAUCUUUGAGGAUGAUGACUAUGAUGAUUUGUUCAGUACCAAAAAUGUAUCAACGGAAAAAACAAAAGAGGAUGCACAUUUAAAUUUGAAGACGACAGAGGAUACUAAGGAACGUUCUAUUAAGAAUAUUGAAACAUCAAAUAGUCCUGACAUCUUUGCGAAAUCUGAAGAAUCAAACGUUCCUGUUACUGCGUCCACGGACAUAGAACAAGAUAAUGACAAAGUUAUGCAUCGAGUUAGUAGCUCUGACGAACGCGAACCUAUGCAAAAUAAUGAAAAUGAAUUAAAGAAGAGUCCUCCAAAAUCUUUAGACAUACAUACACCUGGCACGUUAUCUUCGCCUGAAAAGAACAAUCAGGCAGCGAAACGCGUGGUUUCUGGGAAGAUAAAAAAUUUGAUGGGAAGAAUGGGCGAUUUGAAGUUGAUUUCACCUAUGGAUACACCACCAGUAUGGCGAAAAAGCAAAGAAAAGACGGAUGAAGAAGAUAGUGCAGCGGAUAGAGAUAGCGAUGACGGUGGAUGUCUUAGUACACAAGGUCCUAAUUCGCCGUUAAGUGUGUCAGGAAAAUGUUGUUUUGUAGAAGACAGCACCACGCAGAAGCAAUCACAGCAAUCAAUGAUUUCGGAUGAAAAUAAUGCAGAAAAUGCCAUUAGUUUCGAUGAACCAGCCCAGCUAGAGACGUUGUCUACUACCGCUUCGAAGACUCGGGUUAGGAUACAAGCGAGACGCCGACCACAAAGUAGGCAAGCACGAAAAUCCGCUAUCAGACAAAGCGGAAUCGAUUUUGAUACCGUAGACUUCGUUGAGAAUAAUUCACAAGAUGAGAAUCAGGUUAAUCAAUCGUCAAGUAUUUUCAAUAAAGAGACCUUUACAGCUGCGAACACCAGCGCUGCCCAUUCUACCGCCGCGAUUUCUGACCACUUGGUUUCGUCUACCAACGAUAAUCUUUAUAGAACCCCUGAUACUAAUAUAUUCUUGUCUGCGGAUGAUAAAUCUGAAUUAGGGAGCAUAAGCAAGGAAAGUUCAGUGAGUGCUAACAAAAAUACUUUACUGUCACCGUCUACGGACGAAGAAGAUUUAUUUGAUGUACCACCUGAUCUACCAGAGGAUCCGCAGAAAGAAGAUACACUGUUUGGUAGAGCGCCUAUUCUCUCCCCAGUCGAGAAAGUCGUUUCUGAAAAGCCACCGGUUACCUUUAAAGUAUUGAAAGACACGCAUAUUAAACAAAUCGACGAUAUAAAGACAGAAACGGGGAAAACCGAGCAACAAAAAGAAAAGAGUAGCACGUUAUCCGAAUCUAGUACCACUUCCAAUGUAAACGCUACAAUUUCAUGCGCUACUAGAAAGGAAUCCAAAUCAGAGGACACGAAAUUCGAAGACGAAUCGAAAAAAAUGAUCGAUCCGUUACGAGAUGAUAGUCACGAUCCGUUGAAAGAUCCCAGUCAGUUAUUUGCCUUUGUUACGAAAACACCAUCUCCAGAAAAAGGAAAGAAUUUGUUAUUUUCCGAAGACGAUAGUUUGUUUUCUAGCGGUAAUAAGAAAUUCGUCGAAGAAAAAACUACGAAGAAACCAAUUUUGGACUUGUUUACCGAUGAUGCGGAAAGUGAUUUGUUUACGACGACUUUAACUAAAGCCGUGAAAAAGCCUUUAAAGGAUACCAAGAUUAGUUUAUUCGAUGAAGAAGACGAAGAUGAUAGUUUAUUUGGAUCCGUUGUAAAAAAGUCGACGAUAGAAAACAUACCCGAAAAGAGACAUUCUAUGGAGCAAACUGCGAAGAAAAUAAGCUUAUUUGAUAAUGAUGAUAACGACACAAAUUUGUUCUCUGAGCCAUUCGAUCAAACACAGAAGUCAGAUUCUGGAAGUAUUCAAGAGCAAUCGAGUAAAAAUGAUAUGUUAACCAAUAUUACCGAGACCGUAAGGACGUCGCAUAUUACGGAUAUUUUUGCUGAUCAAUCGAGCGGAGAAGAUGAUAUUUUCGCCAAGACACCAGCUUCAAAGAAAACCACUGUCACGUCGAAGUCGCUGUUUCCUUCUGACGACGACGACGACGAUGAUAAUAUUUUCGGUAAGAAAUUCACAAGCGAAUCGCAGGUAAACUCAGCAGAAACGCGUUCGAUCGUUAAAAAAGCGGUAACGAGGGAUCUAAAAAAGACAGCUGAAAAGAUUGCCGAAGAUCCAUUGAGUGCUCUACUAGAUGACUAAAUAUAUUUUUUUCUAAAAUUAUAUAUAUAUUAUUUAUGUUUGUUGUUUAAUGUAUACAUCUUAUAAAUUCGUUUGAAAUUAGGAUACAAAAUAUCGACAUUGAACAUAUAUAAUACUUUCCAAAUUGUAUAUUUAUUAAAAUAAUAAUCCAGAAUUAAGUAAAUUGAUGAUUAAAUAUGUAUAAAUUGUGAAUAACGCUGUGCGUUCAAAGGUAUCGCCACUGCAAAAAUAAUAGGAGAAAAUUUAAUUAUAUACAAGAUGUAUUUGUUUUUAUUUAUUCUUUAUAUAGGAAUGCAAAAUAUAUUAUGAUUUAUAACAUAUAUUGCCACAGAUAUUUUAAAGUAUUUUUUCAUUGUCACUGUUUUAAAUAGAAAUCAUAAAAAUAUUAAAAUCAUAAGACAAAACUUUUAUUAAGUAUCGAGGACAACGAACAGCAUAAUAUUAGACAAAUAAGAUAAUAAUUAAUACUGCUUGAUUGGUUGCCAUCUUGUUACACAAUUAUUUUGCAUAAUUAAUUUGCAAGCAGUGCUUUCACGUAUACUGCAUAUCAUGCAUUCUCUGUAAUUUAUGUACAAGGGGUCUGCGAAAUCAUGGUACAGGCGGUCAGAUGGUGAUUUUACAUGUAAAAAUAAAUUGAAUAAAAAAGUUUCGUUUCCGAGGAAAAUAAGUUUGAAAACUUAUCCAAGUACGUUACGUGCAUUAAGUGAAAAUUUCGAAUUAUAAAACUUCCUGCUUGUGACUAUUAAUAAAUAUAUACGCUGCCACGAUUAAUUUCCUGCUAUUGUCAUCUCCGCGUGUGUUUUCUCCGCGACAAUAACUAUUACUUUUCAUUUUUCUAUAUUCAAUUUGAAGGUUUUUAUAAGUAAGGAUAGGAUUAGUACUUCUUAAGAAUCAUUUAAUUAAUCAAAAAACAAAUCGUGAUAUUGCCCAUGUUUAACAAUGCAGACACGAGUAGAAACAGAAGUUUCAUAAUUCGAAAUUUGCAGUUAAUACAUGGGUACAUAAUGCGUUUUCAGAUUCAUGAUUACGAGUGAAACUGAAGCCUUAAAUGAGAAGUCGUUAUUCUUCUUUUACUACCGAUUUUUGCAUGUAGUAUCGUCACCCAACCGCUUGUUCUAUAAUUUCAGAGACAUCCUGUAUAGUUCGUCUUAUAUAUUUAUUUGUUGACAAUAUGUGGCACUCGAUAAUGUAUUUUAUUGUAUAUAUUGCAUCCUCUCUAUGAAACAUGUAUUAGUACAAAUACAAAUAAAUAAACGAAAUAAAUAUUAUUUAUAUUAUA